AAUUGAAAUAAUUUAUGGGUUAUAUUUUCGCGCCAAAAGUAGAUACAGCUUUUUAACGAAGAGUCGUAUAUAUGUAAAGAACAUCUAAUUUAAUUACAUAAAAAUGACAAGCAUAGAAGAAAUAAAGUCAUAUUUUCAAGAACUUAACAUAUUAGUAAAUGAUGCGAUAUUAAAUAAAUGCUUGGAGUUGUGUGCGACUUACAAUAUAGAUGCAGAAGAUUUUUGUGAUCAAUGGUAUGCUUUCACAGCUUCAAAUCUCAAUGGAGCUCCACCAACAAUUGAAGAUUUGGAAAAAAUGGAGAGAAAAGAAUUUAUUAAAUAUAAAGAUCAUAGUUUAACUAAAUCAAAUGUUUCUAAACAGAACCAUGAUAUUGAAGAAGACAGAAGAAAAAAUUACACGGAAGCUGCUGUAUUAACUCCAAAAGCAAAGGUUAAAGAAAAUGCUGGGACACCAACUUCGAAAAUUAUACAUGAAAAUAAGAGUAAUAUCAAUACACCAGUGUCAAUUAAAUCUUCAGAGAAGUUCAAUAAACGGAAAGAUUCUGGAUCAGUACAAAAUUCAUAUGGAUCUGUUGCAGCGAAAUUUAAAAGGGAUUCUAAUGUGGUGUUAUCUGUUAACGAAGUUCAAAGCCACAAAAUACCUACUGAUAUUAGGUACAUGUACGAAAUUAUGGGCAAAAAAAAGAAAAUUAUGAAUAAUAUGAUACGAGAUUUGGGACAUGAAAUUUUAGAUAAAUACGGAAUGAAUUUGUCAGAUGGCGUUCUAAUUAGCCAAAUGGGAGAUAUGGUAACUUAUGGUAGGAUCGUGUCAGAUGCAGAUGGUAAAAUAAAUUCGCAGUCGAUCCUCUUGGAAGGUACAGAUGAAACUAACCUCAACCACACAACUCGCCUCAAUAUUAGCAAAUUAUCCAGUUAUUCUUUAUUUCCCGGUCAAGUUGUAGCGGUCAAAGGAAAUAACGUGAAAAAUCUAGCAUUUGUUGCGGAACGUCUUUACUCUGAUGCUGUUUUAGAUUUACCUGAAAACCCGCCAAUUGUAAAUGGUUCUAUACAAAUAAUAGUAGCUGCGGGCCCUUUCACUUUUAAAGAAAACCUAUCAUACGAACCUUUACACGAACUCUUAAAAUAUGUAUUGGAACACGAACCUCACGUUUUAAUUCUACUUGGACCGUUUUUGGACAGCACUCACGAAGGCAUUUUAACAGGUCAAUUAACCCAAACUUUUGAUUCAUUUUUUGAAGAAUUGAUAGAAAAUCUAAUGAUAUCUUUACAACAUUUGGAUACUCGUGUUGUCAUAGUUUCUAACUUAAAAGAUGCCCACCAUCAUCCUGUAUAUCCCACACCGCCUUAUCGUACUAGAGAAAAUUACAAUAAAUUAACUUUCGUCUCUGAUCCAGCCGUCAUUGAGAUUGAUGGUUUGGUUAUGGCUAUUACCACGGCGGAUAUUUUGUUUCAUAUGAGCAAUUACGAAUUGCAUUACGAUAAAGAAUCUGUGAUUAAAUCUGGAAGAAUGGAAAGACUGAUUUCUCAUUUAUUGAGUCAAAAAAAUUUAUAUCCACUUUACCCUCCCCGGAAGGAAUUGAACGUGGACCAUGUCUUACUCGAACAAUUUGGAACAUUGAAAAAUAAACCUCACAUAUUAGUUUUGCCUUCAAAUCUAAAAAAUUUUAUAAAGGAGGUGAAUGAUUGUUUAGUAAUAAACCCGGAAAAACUCACCAAAGGAUUUGAAGCUGGAACAUUUGCUAGAAUCGAAAUAGAAUCUGGUAGCAGCAAAUCCAUCUGCGGUCGAGCAGCUGUACAAAUUCUUAAAGUUUAGAUAUCUAAGAGAUUUUAAUAUAUUUUCUUUGAAAAAUAUGUAUUUCAAUAUUAGAAUAAAUAAUUGAUAAUUAUAAAAAGCUUACAAUUGACUUAAAGCUUGCAAGGAAAGUGAUGAAGAAAAUUUGACAAAAUAGGCAAGACUAAAGGUCUGGGUUCCUGUUUGCGGAAAGGGAACACAAAUUGAAUACUGCUGGAUCUACAAAGUAUUUGGAUUUGAGCAAAAACAAUCUGCAUAUCAUUAGAUAAGACAAUCCCGUCUCAGAAAGCACCUCUAGAAGAAACACAUUGCAUGCAAGUGUACGUAAAAAAUACUUUGAACAAAAAGCCUGUAAAUUCAUUAGAGAUUGCAAGUUAAAAUUAUAACCUAGUUAGUUUCGUCUCCUCUGUUACUCAACCAAAAAGAGAGUUAGUAACCCUGAACGACCCCUGGGUGUGAAACAUAUAGCCUUAACCCAUCCAAUGCGAUAGUGACAACCGGUGAUACCUUCAACACAGUAGCUAAUGGCUAAAUGGACAAUAUCCUUCAGCCAUUUUUUUUUUGUAAAUCUAUGAAUAUUAAUUGGUAUAACUUUCCGAAUUAAUAACCUUAAAGUUGCAGUUUAAUGUGAUUAAAUAUAUCUUUGGGAUUUACGAGAGAGAGCCAGAUUGAUUUAAGAGAAUACUUUGCAUCCUGCUUAGCACUUUUUCCAUAUAUAGCACAGGUUUUUCUAUUAGAAAAUGUAGGUCCUAGUAGCUUAUACCUAACCAUACCAUUUGGUACAAGCCUAUGUGCUGAACGGCCCCCUGGCCGCCCACAAUGUAACUGUGAACCGUCUAAUUAAAAAUUUAUAAAAUACAGUUAUAGAUAUAAAUUCGUUAUAAAAGAAACAAAUUAUUUUGGGAACAUAAUUAAACAGAAAAAAUGAAUCUUAACACGCUCAAAUACUUAUUUAUAUUGUUUUUUUUUUUAAUUUUGGAAAUCUAUAUUUUUUUCUUCUAGAAUCAUUUAUUCUUCCAAUUCAAAAUCAUUUGGGUCUUGACACUCGAGUCAACUUCUCAUUGGUAUAUCCCUGUAACCCUAUGUUUAACUUUCCGGAUCAAUAUCCAUAACAACGUUAACAUUUGGUUGGUGUCACUUGCAUAUGACUUUUGUCAAUUAUAUAUCAAAUUUUUUAUAAGAAUUUGUAAUGAUAUUUUUUGCUCAGUGUUUUUUAAUAUUUUUAUCAACUGUAACAGCUAAGGACAAAUAUGUAUUUCCAUAUAGAAAUAAAAUUGGAUUUUGUAAACAAACUAAUAACUACAAUAAUAUUUUGGAAAAUCCUUGGUACUUAUUCCUCUUAAUAAUAUUAGGAAUUAUUUUUAUUCUUAUG